UUUCUCCUUCCUCGAACUUUGUUGCUGUUUUACGUAUCCUCUUUCUCUGUUUUUGGCUUCUCUCGGGCCUUUUAUCAAGCACCCAUUAUACCACUGGCCAUGUUUUAGAGGCUUGAGCAGUGUCAGAAGCACAAGGGUCUCUUUGUCUAAAGCUUUUUGAUGAUGAGAGAAUAAAGAGAGAUUACUGUUGAAAAUGGAGGCUGCAGAGGAGCUGGAGAGGAGAAGCAAGUUCUUGAACAGUUUAAUUCAGAAGAAGAAAGCCAUGGAGCAACAAAAUCAAAACGAUCAGUUUAAUUUUCGUGUUAGAGCCUCCGAUAUGCCUCUUCCUUUACAAAACAAAGCAUUCAAAUGUGCACGUGACCACCUUAACUCUAUGCCUGGAAAGCUUGACAGUAAACGCCUUGCUCUUGCUCUUAAGAAGGAAUUUGACUCUUCAUAUGGUCCAGCUUGGCACUGCAUUGUGGGAACAAGCUUUGGUUCCUACGUUACACAUUCACUUGGAGGCUUCUUGUAUUUUUCAAUUGACAAGGUUUAUGUUCUGCUUUUCAAAACAGCUGUUGAGCCCUUAGACCAUUGAUGGAUUUUUACGAACUUCAGUUUUUACAGGCUUUUGAUGAAUGUUUAUUUAUGUCAAAUUAGAGACUGCAAAUUUGGUAAGUAUUUUGUGUUUGCUUUUGUAGAAUUUUCAAGAUGGGUUGAUUGUACUUCUUUAAACUGCAUAAAAUGAUGGACAUACUCUUCUGAUA